CAGACAUCUCCAGCUCAGCAUCGGAUCACAGUUCACCAUGAAAACUGCUUUCUCUCUUAUUGUGGCGAUCAGUUGCUUGUCCGGUAUUUUGACAAAUGUUAUGGUUCAAGAUGGGAACUACACCUUUCCCUUGAAGGACGUGAAACAGUUGUGGACACUGAUGAACACAUUGCCAAAUGAUGACCCAGCAGUUGUCAAUGGCUCCUCACAUAGUCUCUGCCUUUCCUCCAAUCUACCCAAAGUGUUUCAAACAGUUUGUCUCUCGACUGAUGCCGCUCAGGUUUUGCACAGGCUGGAGAAAAUGGCAGUGAAAUCCGAUGAUUGUGAAAUCUGCGUGCACCCUGCCUGUACUGACUGUUAAUCUGUGGCACAGAGGUGGAGUUGCUGCCUUACAGCUCCAGAUACCCGGGUUCCUUCCCGAAUAUGGGUGCCGCCUGUCUGGAGUUUGUACGUUCUCCCCGUGACCUGCGUGUGCUUUCUCCGAGAUCUCCAGUUUCCUCCCACACUCCAAAGACAUAUAGGUUUGUAGGCUAAUUGGAUUGGUAAGUUGUAAAUUGCCCCUAGUGUGUGCAGGACAGCGUUAGUGUGUGGGGGUCGCUGGUUGGCACAGACUCAGUGGGCCAAAGGGCCUGUUUCUGCACUGUAUCUCUAAACUACACUAGACAAAGUGUCCACCACCUCCCAUGGCAGCAAUGGUUGAGAAUAAUUGAACAAAAUUAGAAGAGUAGCAAGAUGAUGAAUAUCUAAAUCCACCCAGUCUUCCUGUUAGUAAGUGUUGGAACUCCCAUUCAUCUCAAGCAAAUUGGUUGCUGCAUACUAGUGUUUGUCCCCAUCCUCAAACCUGCCAGGUGAAUAGGUGACUAUUAGAGGGACCACUGCCAAAGCUAUAAAUGGUCUCUCCAUUCUACACCUACAACAUUAUAACCUUCACCUCACCACUAACUCUCAGCAAUGCUUUAGAUAAUUUGUUGCUCCCUGGUAGUUUCCUUAGGAGGAGAAACUUUAGUAAUCUUGAAUGGACUCAGGUAGUUGCUCACUGAUGGUUCGAUUUGUCGAGAUUUACUGAAAGCAAAGUUGUUAUUUAUGUUUAUAGGCAUGCUUUUUUUCUCUGUUUAUAUUUGCUAUACAUUUUGAUAUAAUAAAAGUCAUCAA